GGAAAAGCAAUUUAAAAGAUUAAGAACCAAAAAAGAAAUCUUGAUAAACAGGGCCAGCCAACAGACAGAAUAGUCCCAUGCAUAAAGGUGUCCUGUGGCCUGCCCCCCACAAGAUGUCAAGAGAAGAGGUUCACCUCAUCCUUGGUUACCCCAAGAAGGGGCACAAUCACUCUUACAUCACAGCUGAAGAGGCUGCAGGGAUCGGAAUCCUGACAAUGAUCCUGGGAAUUUUGCUGCUCAUUGGCUGUUGCUAUUGGAGAAGACGAAGUGGAUACAGAAGUUUGAGAGACAAAGGUAUUCAUGCUGGCAUUCAAAGUACCUUAACAGGAAGUUGUUCAUCUGAGGGGUUUGGUCAUCAGGACAGCAAACUGCCAUUUCAAGAGAAUAAUUGUGAACCUGUGGUCGAGGGCGACAAAUGGUGCCAUCACCCGGGAAUUGUUAACAAGUAAACCUUGCAAGGA